UCUCACGCAACGCCCUUCGCUGCAUUUCGCAACCCGCCGGGCUCCAGUCCGUGCCAGACCCGGUUCCACUCCCCGGUUCGGCAGAGCUGCCGGGAGAACCCCGGGGCCUUGGCAGAGAGCAGCGCAGGCCGGGGAUUAGGGAAGAAGGAACAUUCCUGACGGCGGGGAUCGAGCUCCCGCGGGCGGAUGAAGGACACGGCCCCGCUUCCUGCCUGCCGGCGGAAGGGCUCAGCAGCCCGGCUAACCCACUGACAUCCACCGGAACCGGGGAGUUCGGACCCUCCCGGACCCCCCAUCCCACCCCGGGUAACCUCUGAGCAGCCAUGGAGAGGAUGCAGCAGGUCGUGGGCCGGGCCAGAGCCGCCUUCAACACGGGCCGGUGCCGCUCGCUGGAGUUCAGGAUGCAGCAGCUGAAGGCCCUGGAGCGGAUGGUGCAGGAGAAGGAGCAGGAGAUCCUGGCAGCCAUCAAGGCGGAUCUGCAUAAGUGCGGGCACAACGCGUACAGCCACGAGAUCCUGGGGGUGCUGGGGGAGCUGGCCCUGGCCAUGGACAAGCUGCCAUCCUGGGCAGCCCCACAACCUGUGAAGAAGAACCUCCUGACGAUGCGGGACGAGGCUUAUAUCUACCCUGAGCCCCUGGGAGUGGUGCUGAUCAUUGGGGCUUGGAACUACCCCUUUGUCCUGGUCAUGCAGCCUUUGGUCGGGGCCAUUGCUGCAGGCAAUGCUGUGGUGGUGAAGCCAUCAGAGGUCAGCGAGAACACUGCUCGGCUGGUGGCUGACAUCCUCCCCCAGUACCUUGACCCGGAGCUGUAUCCUGUCGUCACUGGAGGAGUACCUGAGACAACAGCACUGCUGACCCAGAGAUUUGAUCACAUCCUCUAUACUGGCAACUCCAGAGUGGGCAAAAUUGUGAUGGCAGCAGCUGCCAAGCACCUGACCCCCGUAACCCUGGAGCUGGGUGGGAAGAGUCCCUGCUACAUCGACAAGGACUGUGAUCUGGAUGUUGCCUGCAGGAGAAUAACGUGGGGGAAAUACAUGAACUGUGGGCAAACCUGCAUCGCCCCAGACUAUGUCCUCUGUGACCCCUCCAUCCAGGGCAAGGUGGUGGAGAACAUCAAGGCCACUCUGCUGGAAUUCUAUGGGGAGGACGUGAAGUCAUCUCCAGAUUAUGAAAGGAUCAUCAACAAGCAUCACUUCAAGAGGAUCCUGGGCCUGCUGGAAGGGCAGAAGAUCGCUCAUGGCGGGGAGACUGAUGAGGCCUCCUGCUUCAUAGCACCGACCAUCCUGACUGACGUUUCUCCAGAGUCAAAGGUGAUGGAGGAGGAAAUCUUUGGGCCAGUGCUUCCUAUUCUGCCUGUGAGGAGCGUGGAUGAAGCCAUUGAGUUCAUCAACCGUCGGGAGAAGCCUCUGGCCCUCUAUGUCUUCUCCAACAACAAGAAGUUAAUCAAAAGAGUCAUCUCGGAAACCUCCAGUGGGGGUUUCACUGGAAAUGAUGUCAUCAUGCACUUCUUCCUCUCAACUUUACCCUUUGGUGGUGUUGGUAACAGUGGGAUGGGUGCCUACCAUGGCAAGCACAGCUUUGAGACCUUCUCCCACCUCCGUGCCUGUCUGAUUAAGGACCUGAAGAUGGAGGGUUCAAACAAACUCCGGUACCCACCUGGCAGCCAGAAGAAGGUGGACUGGGCCAAGUUCUUCCUCUUGAAGAAGUUUAACAAGUGUAGAAUUGGACUGACCAUCCUGGCCCUUCUGGUGGUUGUGGCAGCAGUGGUGGCAAAGAAUCACCAGUCUGUGCUGAAGAGAAAAGCCCUCUUGAUUGUGCUGGCUGUUCAGAGGCUGGGCUGGCGCAGUGUGUGGUAAGGAGGAGCAGGUUUCAGAGCACUGCUGUGGCUGUCACGGUGAGAUAGUUUACUACUGACCAGAGGAGAAGGCACCCUGUGCAAGUCAUACUCUGAGCGCUUACUUUGCGACUGUUUCCUUAAGCUGAGAAGUCUUUUUUUUUUUUUCCUUUGUACUGGGUUAUUUCAGUGAGCUGUCGAGCACGGAGCAGCCUUGGAGAGGCACUAACCAAGAGAAGGCUCGGACACCUGUUUACUAACAGCCAUGCUGAAACAGAGGGACCAGAGGGUACAAGCUCUCAAAAGGAGGACUGCAGAGCCAGAAAUACCAGUCCCUACCUCCACCCAACACCGUGCUGCUUCCAGGGAUGUGCACACUGUGCCUUGCACCCAACCACUUGCCUUCCUUCAGUGACAAACUAGCAGAAGCUUCAGCUGUGAUUGGGUUGGCAGUGUUUCCCCUGCAGUUUUUGGACAGUCUCUUCUUCUGUUGUGCUCCGAACUACCACCCCUCUUGGUGACAAGUCUGGGACAGGCUGAUGGGUGUCACCAGUAUGCACAAACCUACUUAGGUUCCCAUUUGCUAUUUAAUCAAGGUGAAAUCUUCAUGGACCCUAGGAACAGAAUCGUCCACAGCUGGUCAGGAGAUGCAGGCUCAUGCCCCUGUUGGGGCUCUGGGUUUCGUUGUGUGCCUGUAGCAGUUAUUUGGCAGUUAGAAAAUUACACAGCUGAUAGCUCUGCUGGCUGUGUUUGCUGAUAAGGGUAUCCUGUGGUCAUACAAAAAAUAAGAAAAAUCAAUCCAGGCUUGGUUAGAGAAGUGGGAAUCACAGCAAGUUAUGGAAUAGCCCAGGUGGGCCAAGUCCUAGACAGCUACUCGCUCACUCCCCCAGUGGGACAGGGAGGAAAAUCAGUAGGGUGAAAAUGAGAAAACUUGUCAGCUGAGGUAAAGUUUAACAGGUAAAAUGAAACCUGAGUGGGCAGGCAAGCAAACUAAGGAAUUCAUUCACCACUUGCCCUCCACAGGCAGAUGUUCAUCCAUCCCCAGGAAAGCAUCAUCACACAUGACUUGAUAAGCUGGAUGCCAUAACUUCCAGUGUCCCCUCACUUCAUCUUCUUUACCCACCAGCUUUUAGCACUGACCAUGUCAUGCAGUCAGAAAUAUCCCUUUGGUAGGUUGGGGUCAGUUCUCCCAGCUGUGUCCCUUCCCACUUCUUGCUACCCCCAGCCCACAUUGAGAAACAGAGACCUCAGUUCUGUGCAAGGGACUGUUUGGCAACAACAGAAACAUGGAGGUGUUCCUAUGUUUUAGUCACAAAUCACUGUGGAGAAACUUAGUGACUAUGAUGAAAAAGAAAACUUUAUCCCAGCCCAAACCAGUACAAACCCAUUCCUGCUCAGAUUCCUCUAAGAGCAAACAAUUAUCAAAAGAGUGUGAACUCCUUCGUGUUCCAGCUUCUGGGUCUGCUAUAAUCUUGCACUGGGAGAUAAUUCUGGGGGCUUGUUCUAGCUUGGGCAGAGGAUGCCAGAGAAAUUUAAGGUGGAAGGACCUUAGAAAUACUGAUUUUCAAAAAGAUAAAUU